GUCGGCUUUUCCUCCUCUCGCGCUGAGGGAACGGAACAGUGGAUAUUUAUUUCGUGGACUGUGAAGUACAGUCGAAAAGGUGUGGUUUUCCAAAAAAGAUAAACGUUUGGAAUACUUUGGAAGUAUUCACCAGGCUUCGUAGCCUAGAUUUUAAUAAUGCCAGCAAAAACGACAAAGAGCUCCACGGCUGCUAAACCACGAGGAAAAGGGUCGCAAACUCGGGAUGACUCGGACGACGAAAUGAACUUACCCCCUAAAGAAAUGAACUCUGGUGUCCCUUACCCACCACUGGCUAAUGAUGAUCCCGGAGAGCCUGCCGAGGCGGUCGAUAACCGAAGCUUGGAGGAUAUUCUCGGUAGCAUCCCUCCACCCCCGCCCCCAGCAAUGACCAAUGAACCGGGCGCACCUCGCUUGAUGAUAACACACAUUGUUAAUCGAAAUUUUAAAUCGUACGCAGGGGAGCAGAUUCUGGGGCCAUUCCAUAAGCGCUUUUCCUGUAUCAUUGGUCCAAAUGGUAGUGGGAAGUCCAAUGUGAUAGACUCGAUGCUCUUUGUGUUUGGGUACAGAGCUCAAAAAAUCAGAUCCAAAAAACUCUCAGUGCUCAUUCACAGUUCUGAUGGCCACAAGGAUAUCCAGAGCUGCACUGUAGAAGUGCACUUUCAGAAGAUAAUUGACAAGGAAGGAGAUGACUACGAUGUCAUCCCCAACACAAAGUUCUAUGUUUCAAGAACUGCCAGUAAGGAUAAUUCUUCAUCUUACCACAUCAAUGGCAAAAAAUCUACUUUCAAAGAUGUUGGAACUUUGCUCCGUAGCCAUGGCAUUGAUCUUGACCACAACCGAUUUCUUAUUCUACAGGGGGAAGUGGAGCAGAUCGCUAUGAUGAAGCCCAAAGGCCAGACGGAGCAUGACGAAGGAAUGCUAGAAUACCUGGAGGACAUUAUUGGCUCCUGCCGACUUAAAGAGCCUAUCAGCACUUUGUGCAGAAGGGUGGAGUUGCUCAAUGAGCAGAGGGGUGAAAAGCUGAAUCGUGUAAAGAUGGUGGAGAAGGAGAAGAAUGGCCUGGAGGGAGAGAGAAACAAAGCUGUUGAGUUUCUGACCCUGGAGAACGAUGUGUUUAAGAAGAGGAGCCAGCUCUGCCAGUUCUAUGUUCAUGAUCUGCAGCAGCGCAUGGUUGAGAAGGAAGCAGAGAAACAACAGAUCCAGGAGGACACCAAGGGCUUGAGUGAAAAAAGUACCCAGCUCACAGAGGAAAUGAAGGCGAAGAAUGAAGCUCUGAAGAAUGUGGAGAAGAAACUGGGCAAGCUGACCAAGUUCAUUGAAAACCAGAAGGAGAAGUUCACUCAGCUGGACCUUCAGGAUGUGGAGGUGCGCGAGAAGCUGAAACACACCAAGAACAAGACCAAGAAACUGCACAAACAGCUACUGAAGGAUCAGGAGAAGUUGGAGGAGGUGAGGAAUGUCCCUGCCAGCAGUGAGAAGGUCAUUGCGGAGGCCUCUGCCCAGAAGGUGCAGCUGGAGAAGCAGAAAGCCCAGGAGGAAGCAGGGCUGGCCCAGGUGAUGGAGAGCCUGAAGGAGGAAACCAGUGGCCUGCAGCUCGAAAAAGAGCAAAAAGAGAAGGAGCUCCUGGAGAUGAGCAAGGCGGUGAACGAGGCGCGCUCGCAGAUGGACGUGGCCCAGUCCGAGCUGGACAUCUACCUGAGCCAGCAUAAGACUGCCCUGUCCCAGCUGAGCCAAGCUAAGGUCACCCUGGAGGGCACCUCCGACACCCUGCGCGACAGGAGGGCUGCCAUCAAAGAACUGCAGCGCCACAUACCCAAGUGUGAGGAGGAGCUCGGCAAGGAUGAGCGGGAGCUGCAGCAGCUCUCUGAGAAGGAUGGGCAGGCGAGGGUGCUGGUCGGCGACCUGAGACAGAAAGUUGAGGAAGCCAAGAGUUCUCUGUCGGCCACCCGCAGCCGCGGCAAAGUGCUAGACGCCCUCAUGCAACAGAAACACAGCGGCAAGAUCCCAGGCAUUCUGGGACGCCUGGGUGACUUGGGGGCCAUCGACGAGAAGUAUGAUGUUGCCAUCUCUUCAAGCUGUGGCUCGCUCGAUAACAUCUUGGUGGACACCAUCGACACGGCCCAGAAAUGCGUAACAUUCCUCAAGGCACAGAACGUGGGCGUGGCCACCUUCAUCGGUCUAGACAAGAUGAAGGUGUGGGAGAAAAGCAUGGGUGCCCUUACCACCCCAGAAAAUGCCCCACGCCUGUUUGACAUGGUGAAGGUGAAGGACCAGGCUCUCCGUCCCGCGUUCUACUUCGCCCUGCGGGACACGCUGGUGGCUAAGGACCUGGAACAGGCCACCAGGGUGGCCUUUCAGAAAGACAAACGCUGGAGAGUAGUCACUCUGCAGGGACAGAUCAUUGAACAAGCUGGCACUAUGACUGGAGGAGGAGGGCGUGUAAUGAAAGGCAGAAUGGGCUCCUCUAUUGGCACCGAAGUCACACAGGAACAGCUGGACAGUAUGGAGAGUGUGCUGAGUGAGAAGGUGCUGCAGCUUCAGGGCUGGCAGCAAAGGAAACAACAGCUCGAGGAGAAGGUGCAUAAACAGAGGAAGGAGCUCAGAGACAUGAAGAACACGCUGGAGAAAUACACCGCCAGCAUUCAGAGUCUCGAAGAGCAAGAGCUUCACCUGAAGUCCCAGAUGAACCAGCUGGAAGCAAAUGUUCUUGCUGCAGCCCCAGACAAGGCCAAACAAAAACAAAUGGAGAAGAGCCUGGAUGCCUUUAAGAAAAUCUUUGAGGCUGCCUCCAGCCAGGCAGGGAAGGUUGAAGCAGAGGUGAAGCGCCUCCACACCCUGAUAGUGGACAUCAACAGUCACAAGCUGAAGGCCCAGCAGGACAAGCUGGACAAGGUGAACAAGGAGCUGGACGAAUGCUCCUCUGCCAUCACCAAAGCCCAGGUGGCCAUCAAGACUGCAGGACGUAACUUGAAGAGGUCUGAAGAAGCGGUAGAACGGCUGCAGUCGGAGAUCGCUGAGAACAAGAAGAUAAUGCAGGAGCUGACAGAGCAACUGAAGAUGCUGGAGGACCAGGCAGGGGAGAUCAUGAAGACCUGCCAGGAGGCUGAGGAGGCACUGCCUGAGGUACAGGAGCAGCACCGAGGAGUCCUGCAGGAGAUUAAGGCCAUUCAGGAAGAAGAGCAUGCUCUGCAGAAGGAGUCCCUAAAUGUCCGGCUCAAGGUGGAGCAGAUCGAUACAGCUGUCGUGGAAUACCAGAACAAGAUCAAGCACUGGGAAAAGGAGUCCUCCAAGCUUGUUCUGCACUCUGUCGAUGAUAGACCAGUGGAGGAGCUGUCCAAACUGACUGCCGAGGAGCUGGAGGCCAUCAAGAACCCUGAUGUCAUCAAAAACGAGAUCGCCCUUCUGGAGGACCGCUGUGCCCACAUGAAGCCCAACCUGGGUGCUAUAGCGGAGUUCAAGAAGAAGGAGGAGCUGUAUUUGCAGAGAGUGUCUGAACUGGAUGAGAUCACCACCCAGAGAGACAACUUCAAGCGGAGCUGUGAGGACCUGCGGAAACAGAGACUCAACGAAUUCAUGGCUGGCUUUAACAUAAUCACCAACAAGCUUAAGGAGAACUACCAGAUGCUGACACUAGGGGGAGAUGCAGAGCUGGAGCUGGUGGACAGCCUAGACCCUUUCUCUGAGGGCAUCAUGUUCAGUGUGCGUCCUCCUAAGAAAAGCUGGAAGAAGAUUUAUAACCUGUCUGGAGGGGAAAAAACUCUGAGUUCCUUGGCUUUGGUCUUUGCCCUGCACCACUAUAAACCCACCCCCCUCUACUUCAUGGAUGAGAUCGAUGCUGCCUUGGACUUCAAGAACGUGUCCAUUGUGGCCUGCUAUAUCUACGAGCAAACCAAGAAUGCUCAGUUCAUCAUAAUCUCUCUGAGGAACAACAUGUUUGAGAUGGCUGAUCGUCUCAUUGGUAUCUACAAGACCCACAACACUACCAAGAAUGUGGGCAUCAACCCCAAAACCAUCGUCCUCAGAGAUGUUGAACCGGCAUCAGCAUAACCUUCCAAGCGAGGACAAAUCUAUUAUACUUGUCUAAAGUGCCUGUUUUGUUUCCACAUCUCCCAUUUUACUGUCAUCUCAUGUGCAAACUUUACCGUCCUUCCUUUUUUUUUUUUUUAAAUGCUGUUUUAUGAAACAUUAUGUAAGUGCUCUACAAAUUGGCUUUUUUUGUACUUCUGAUACCACUUUGUGUGUGUGUAAUUACAUACAUGCAUACAAUCUCACACACAAUCCUGUUAAUGUUAAAUGAUGGGCUGAAAAACAGUCAACCCCAUGUCUUAAUAAAAAAAAUUUCUUAUUUGCA